CUCUUGUCCAGGUGGCUUACAAAACUUGUACUUUGACCCGCUGGUUAUUGUCGUUGCUCUGCAGCUUCCAAGACUUCGUUCACUUUAAAAGUAGAAGAUUUGAUUGUCUGGCCUUGCCCGCCUGCAAUUGCAGACGCGGCCGCAACCAACCCCACCCUCAGUGACAUCACUGCGAGCAUUCAGCUUCACAACAUGGCCUCUUUGCUCAAGACCGUGAGCCGUUCUCGGCUAGCCUUUUCUCGAUCAAUUGCUGGACCUGCUACGAGGAUAUCUCCAAUUGCCCUUCACAGAAAGUAUGCAUCUGCUGCCGCGAGCGCUGUUGCCCCAGAGACGAGCGAGCAGGUAUUCUUUCCAGAUGAACCCACAGGACCAAUUGUGAAGACUUCCAUUCCGGGGCCGCAGAGUAUGAAGGCGAUUGAGAAGUUGAGCAAGGUGUUCGAUACGAGGAGCUUAAACAUGAUGACGAAUUAUGGAAGCAGUUAUGGGAAUUACAUCGCUGACCUUGAUGGAAACGUCCUGCUCGAUGUCUAUGCUCAAAUCGCUUCUAUUCCUGUCGGUUACAACAACCCCACGCUCCUCCAUGCUGCCACUUCCCCUGAAAUGGCCUCCGCCCUGAUCAACCGACCUGCCCUCGGGAACUUCCCUCAGCACGACUGGGCCGACAUCCUUGAAACCGGUAUUCUGAGAGUCGCACCCAAAGGCCUCGAUCAAGUAUUCACUGGCCAAUCAGGCUCCGAUGCUAAUGAACUAGCCUACAAAGCAGCUUUCAUGUGGAAACGACAGCAUCAGCGCGGAGGCGCACAUAUCGGCUUCUCCGACCAUGAGAUCAGCUCUGCUAUGACGAACCAGUCCCCCGGUGCACCACAGCUCUCCAUCCUGUCAUUCAAGUCUGCGUUCCACGGCCGUUUAUUUGGCAGCUUGUCAACUACACGCUCAAAGGCCAUCCACAAACUUGACAUCCCCGCCUUCGACUGGCCGCAAGCUCCCUUCCCCUCUUGCAAGUAUCCGCUUGACCAAUACGCCGCCGAAAACGCCGCCGAGGAACAGCGCUGUCUCGAUGAAGUCGAGCGUCUCAUCAAAGAAUUCCACAAUCCCCCAGCCGCUGUCGUCAUCGAACCCAUCCAAUCCGAAGGCGGUGACAACCACGCCUCGCCGAACUUCUUCCGUGGACUCAGGGAGUUGACCAAGAAGCAUGACAUCCUGUUUAUUGUGGACGAAGUACAGACGGGUGUAGGAGCUACCGGCAAGUUCUGGGCCCAUGAGCAUUGGGGACUGAGCUCUCCGCCAGACAUGGUGACGUUCAGCAAAAAAGCACAAACGGCAGGAUACUACUUCGGCAACCCCGAACUCCGGCCCAACAAACCCUACCGACAAUUCAACACAUGGAUGGGCGACCCCGCUCGUGCGAUCCUGUUUCGUGCCAUUAUCCAGGAAAUCGAGCGUCUGAAUCUCGUCGAAAAUACAGCUACUACGGGCGAGUACUUGUACGCGGGCCUCGAGCGUCUGGCUCAACAGUAUCCGACCGAGAUUAAGAACUUGAGGGGUAAGGGGCAGGGUACGUUCCUGGCGUGGGACAGCCCGCGACGAGACGAGGUGCUUAAGAAGGCGAAGACAGUCGGCCUGAAUAUUGGUGGUAGUGGAGAGUCGGCUGUGAGGCUAAGGCCUAUGCUAAUCUUCCAGCGUCAUCAUGCAGAUCUACUGCUAGAGGGCCUGGAGAAGAUAUUCAAGUCCUAGACUCGCUCAUACGGAGAAACCGUCGGUUGCAUGUAAUGCGUAUCAGUGAGUGGAAAGGGGGGAAUUUUGCUUGCACUAGAGUGUACUUAUCGCAGGGCACGGACUCAAACUGGUAGAACCGAGUGGACAGCUCAAUAUGGCGUAUGCGUAUGGGUAGAUCGUUCUACAAAAGCGAUCAGUUCGGAUUUUGAUCGAUACACAACUUUAAUGCUAUCGUUGCAGCAAGCGAACUUCAGACAGUCUUUUGUUUUAUUCCUUUUUUUGCUUUUUUUUCUCGCUUCAGGGAGGCUCGGUGCCUGUGACGGAGGAAUCGCCCUUUUCUUAUCAUAAGCACGAUUCAAAGAACAUCGUAUUACAAUACAUGAUCAUGUAAUGAAAUGGGGUUAAAUGGUAUC